CAACACAACUUCACAUUGCAUGCAGCAAGAGUUCCGAAUGAUUAAAUUAUAGCUUGAUUAUAACUGCCGACCCAAUACAAAGCAAAGAACUGGGCACCGACCAUUUGAAAUUUAACGCUUAAACCUUUUUGGACGGAGACAUUGAGAUGGAGAGACAUUCAAGGAGCUUAAGGAGUCAAGAAGGAAAAACUCGGAUUCAAAAGCCGUUGUGCAGACUGUGCGAGUGUCCGACGUCGGACGGCCACGUCCUCGCAUCUCGGGUGGACAGGUUCAAGCUGAGGAAAUGGGCCAUGGAGGUCAUGUACCUGACGGAAGAAGACGAAAACCUGCCGGACGUGGUCGAAGAAGAAGCUUUGAUCUGCUAUUUCUGCAUCUGGCAGGCAGAGUUUGGGGACGAGUCUGGAGACGAGGCUGUGGCUUGGUGGCCGAAAAACCUUGAUUUGGAAGAAAACGCCAGGGUACUGCGGGAGAGUUAUUCUGUUGGAGAUGUUGAGCAGUGUUGGGUGCAGUUGGAAGAGAUUGAUCUGGCCGAGUACGAGAAGGAAAUCCCAAAGAGGAAUUACGGCAGUAAAGUGUGUCUCUACUGUGGAAAGAGAUACGACCAUCUGACACAUCACGUCAAAUACAUGCACAAAGAAGCCAUCAAAUGCGGAAUUAGGGGCUGCACAACAUUCUUUCACACCGUGGAAGAAAAAGAGCAUCACAUGCAGCAUGAUUUUCACGAGAAAGGUGACAAACCAGGGGAAAGCAGCAAAAUUCGUUGCAAAUUUUGUGAAAAUGGCAUAUUGUAUUCCUCAAGAACUUCAUGGAGGGUGCAUGUGAAUCGCAUGCAUCCAGAACUAGUGGCAUGCUCGCGUGUAUGCUGCAUUGAGUACUUCAAAUCGAAGCCUGAAAUGAUGCUCCAUAUCAACUCGUUUCACAAAAAAGGCAUAAAUCACGAUCUAUUUGAGUGCAAGCUUUGCGAUUAUUUCACAACAACGAAACACUUGAUGGUGCUACACCAACAGUCAAAGCACAUGCCAAAGAUGUUCAAAUGCGACAGCUGCGACGCCAGUUUCGGCUCAAAAUACCUUGUUAAUUCGCACUACAAAAAAUUUCAUACAUUCGACGUGUGCAAAUCUUGUGGCCAGGACGUGGCUCACGGGUACAAGGCAGUCCACAGAAGGCCAUCGGUUUGCACCAAAUGCAAACUCAAAUUCAAGUGCUCGGGUUUGUAUCAAUUGCACAGGAAGAGCUGCAAACAAGCCCCCUACAGUUGCAAGGAGUGUGGAGAAUCGUUCACCAACAGUAGAAAGUUGAUUCGCCACGUGAGAAGAUUUCACCCCAAAACCCCAAAUAUUCGCUGUGACCAUUGCGACUAUUCCACAUUUGAAAAGAGAUACAUGGGGGGGCACAUGCAAUACAGACAUUUACCAAAGACGAUCAAGUGUGGAGAGUGCAACCAUUUGUUUGCCUCUGAAUCAUUUCUCAAGGAACACAAAUACAUGCGACACGAAUACGUUCAUUGCGCAGAAUGUGCCCAGGAGAUGAGCCGUCAAAACAUGUUAAGACACCGGACAGUAAAGACUUGCCGUCAGUGCAAGUGUACGUUAAAUUGCUCAGGACUUGUUGCAAAGCAUGUCUGUCCGCAGGGUAAUAAUUUCUUUUGUGACAAGUGUCCAAAAGUUUAUAGGAGUAGGAGAAUUUUGCGUGCUCAUAUUGUCAGGAUGCACAUUAAAAUAAUGAAAAACUUUAAUCUUAAAUGUCGCUUUAAAAGUGUUUAAUUAAAAUAAACUUAGCAAGAUAAUUGUGCUUCAGUUUAAAUUUUUGCAAUAGGUGUUUAUUGUAAAAAACAUUUGUGAAAUUCAAUUUGAAUCUAAAAUAUAUUCAUUAUUCAAAUUACAAUAAAAUCUUAUUGAAAAUAUAUUGUUUUUCAACACCUCAUUAUGCUUAUUUUCAUAGUAAAAAACGGGUCAUUCAAAAAAGGGUCUCCUCGGGCAGCUCGGGGGCGAAAAACGUGAAGGGGCCGUCGGAGGUUGCCUGCGGGGGCGAGGUGCCGAAGACACGGGGUCGGUGUCUGCUCGUGGAAGAAGCCUCCUCAGGUCCACAGUUCGGCCGCCAGCUGCGAGGUGAGU